AUUCAACGAAAAGCAGGAAAGUUUACAAAGAUUUAUUGAGCGGCUGGUACAAGCGUAACUGGGCUUUCUCUAUGAUAUAUAUAAUUAUAUACAUUCAAUUUCUCUUAAGAUCUCUUUCAGUAUAACAGUCAAGUGUUGAGUAAAUGUCGUCUAGAGUUACUUUGAAUAUUUAUUCCGUCUGUCCGAAAUAAAUCUAUUUCAAUUUAGAAAUAUUGUAUGGCAAGAAGAUUCAUAGACUGUGGAUAGUAAAGACAAUAAAAUACAUUGUAUUAGGGUCCUUUACACAGUAAUAAAGUAUGAUCAUACUGAGUCUGUCAUAUCGUGUUUGAUAUUUGAUCACCUUAAUAGGCCUAUCAAGGAUUUGUUUCUCCUUAAUACUCGUGUCAAGGUAAUAAAAAAGGCAAUACUAUAAACGAUAAAGUAUCUAUGAUAUGAUAUAUGAUCAUAUAAUUUAUGUGACUGUGUAAUAGGACCCUAAUAUGGUUUUGCAAAAGCCUUCACAUUUUAAAUACUGAUUGGUCCUAUUAUUGCAUUUUUCAUAUUCCCAUUGUUGUAAGCUUAUGAUCAAUCAUAGAAUGAGAUUUGUUUUCUUAUUGAUCUUUUUAUACACAUAUAGUAAUUAUAAUUGUAUAUUAUGAUUUCAAUUUCUGAUAAGAUUCGAAGCUCAAUCGAAUUCAAAAUGCUGCGCCCAAAGUCGAGCCUCCAACAGGGAGGCUUUACGUCAAAAAAUCAAUGACGUCACGUGCUUGAACUUGGCGCACGCGUGCUUCAAACUGUGAUAAGAUAACCUCAUUUACUACAAUGUAACGUUGCUUGGUGCUUCGCUUACUCGAUCUUAGUUUACUAGUUAACAUAUGUUUGCUUUUUACACUCACUAUUUUCGUUAUUUCGCACUCAAUUUAAUCCAUUGCACCUAUUUGCACCAAACCUAGGACACGUGAUAUACUGUGACGUUUCAAUUUGGAAAAGCACUGUUGAAGAAUUACUCACAAUAAUGUCAGAUUAUGACUACCUUAUCAAACUGCUGGCACUUGGUGACUCAGGAGUUGGAAAAACGAGUUUUCUGCAUCAAUACACUGAUGGAACUUACUCUCAGUUCAUAUCUACUGUUGGCGUCGACUUUCGUGAGAAACGAAUAGUAUAUCAAACAAAUCAUGGACGAAGUCAAAGAAUUUAUCUACAACUAUGGGACACAGCUGGUCAAGAAAGAUUUCGUAGUCUGAUAACGGGCUUCCUUCGUGGUGUAAUGGGCUUCCUCCUGCUGUUCGACGUAACCAAUGAGCAAUCUUUUCUAGAAGUGAGAAACUGGCUUGAUCAAUUGAGGACACAUGCUUAUUGUGAUGACCCCGAUGUGAUACUAUGUGGCAACAAGGCUGACAUGGAAGACAGGAGAGUAGUCAGUGAGAGUCGGGCCAAGGAAAUGGCUGCCAAAUAUGGGCUGAUUUACUUGGAGACGAGCGCUGUGACCGGACAGAACGUGUCGAAAGCGAUCGAAGCGCUGUUGGAGCUGAUCAUGAGACGAAUGGAGUCAACAGUCGACAAAGCCAUGCUUCCCGCCAUGAAGAAGCAAGCUGCCAAUGCUCUCAAUGUCCACGAUGACACAUCCAACGGAAAACCCAAGUGCUCUUGCUGAACCCUCAUCAUAUCGUUGCCAUUGUACCUGUUCACAUUUAGUCCUCUAUCAAGGUAACACACAUACUACUUGAUACUUGAUAAUUGUUGUCGUUAUCCAAGUCUGGGGACUCCAGAUAGACAGUGUCAUAGGCUCACACCCUACUUGAAACAGUGUUAACUGCAAUGUGUAUUUUGGUUUGCUUCAAUUCAUGAAAUUUGAUAGUUUUUGGGUAGGCUACUAUCAAUUGAUUCGUGGAAAAUCUUACUUUUUUUUAUUGUAAUUAUGAUUAAUUGAAAUCGUAUAUCUGCAUUUUUUAUCUAGGAAGUUGCGAACGUGCUUCUACUGUGACUUAGUAAUUCAUUAAUUGAUAUAAAACCGAAAUAAAGUUAAAUUUUUCGGUAAAACCAUUUGUUGCAUAUAUCCUCUUGUAAUUGAUCUAUUAUAUAUUAUUAUGUAUUGCUAUGACUUGCAAGUCCCAUUGUAUACUAGUAAUUGAUAAUAAUAUUUGUCAAGAAGUUCAUGAAUUAAUUGUCUAUCAUAUUUUAUUAUAGGAGUCUCUUGAGAAUUCCAAAGUAUUAGUACUUGGGUGUUUUUUUUUUUUGAGUUACGAAAUAAAGUUUAAAAAUAGAAAAAUGCACAACAUAGUAAAGACAGAACGGAGAAUGUAGCCUGACUCGGAAAAUUGAUAAAAAUUGAGCUACCAAAACUUAGUAUUAAUUUUUUUCCAAGACUGUAUAAUUUAUUAUUAAUGUGUCACUGAUAUUGUAAGGGUGUUAGCACUAUCAUAUCUUAUUUCGUGGAGAGACAUCCCGAUGUUCAACUCUUCCCAUUAAUAUUAUGAUCUCUAAAAAAUAUAUAUCUUAUUCCUCGCCUUGCACCAACUUUUUUCAACUUGUUUCAUUAAAUAUUGUGACAGAAGUCCUGAAUUUCUGCAAAAAAUUUUGCAACAAGGCAAGAGAAGCUUUGAAAUUUCUGAAAAACAUCUAGUAGUGCCAAGAAUAUUUUACUCUCAGAUAUUAUUAGAAUAAGAUUUUAAUUUCUCUUGAAGAAAUAUAAAACAACUUGAAAUGAUGAUAACAAUAUCUCGAACAUCAAAAUCGUUUACUUAUCAUUAUUCUCCCAUAUUUCUUUCCAACUGACUAUUUAUAACAAUAGUUUAUGGUCGAGGAUUGCUUGAAAUCAAUCUACAAUUGCAUGAGUAGCUCGUGUGUAGUAGUACUUACAAAAUUAACUAUCAAACCUGAAAAAGUGCAAAUCGAUGCUCCUCACUGAAAACGCUACACAUGUAGCCUAUAGUGUAGAACAUGUUUUCAUAUUUUUCAACUAUGGACCAUUAGUUACUACCGUAUAGAUAUUACAUUGCCUUUAUCAAAGUGUCUCAAAUAACUAAUGCCAGUUUCAAAAUAUUACAAAAAAAUUCCUAGAGAAAAUUAUUGGUUUUCAAAGUAGUCAUGGUUAGAAAUGUAGUUUUUUAAACUGAUGCAAUCUAGGAUUGCUUUGAUAGAUUAUAUUAAGGAUUGCUACUUAUUUUCAGUAUAACUUGAGUGUCUUAUUUUAGGGCAUAUUUGUUCGAUACGGACAUAAACUAGUACGAUAUUAUUAUUGAAUUGCCUUUAACCCAGGAAAUUUGGGUAUCUGCUGUAUUCCAAAAUGGAACCUUGAGAAAUUAGUGGUAGUAAUGAACAUGGUAGUCUGAUUUUUUAAAUAGACCCUUCAAGAGUUUGUAAUUGUCAUGAAAUUUUAUAGAUUCUAUAAUCCAGUUAAUAAUGGUUCGCUAGUAGAAUUCCUUCCAUUAUAAGCAACCAUUAAUAAUAUUGAAGUAUACGCUCAUACAUUCACUCUCAGCUUUAAUCGAUUAAAUCAUGUCUGAUCAGGUAUUGUAUUUAUAUUGUGAUAAUAAUAGGCUACUAUUUAGUUUGGUGUUUGUUGUUGUAAUAAUAGAUGAAAUAGGAAAAAAGGCAAAGUUUGUCUUCUCUAUCAAUACCGUACUACAGUAGUAGAAAGCGACAAUUUGAGUAGUUGCAUGAAAAUUAUGUUCAAAAAAUUUGAUUUGAUAAAAAAAUAACCACUGUUUAUUCUGAAUUACUGAAGAGAUGGACUGUAAUUGCCAAAUUAGUGUAAGUAUCUAGUGCCAAAAAACCUUAAAGUUGAUUCUCUUCAACUGAAACAGUACGGUACCAACCUGUAAUAAUGCACUACUUAGAAUGCACUUUACUUUUAGUUACUUAUGUAACUUUAUCACAUUAGUUACGUAAUUUUAUUUUUGUUAAAUAAAUCAAUUUUGUAGAAACAGGCAUUUUCAAUGCGAAUGCGCUAUUACUAUUGUUUUGUUUGUGCUUCUAGUUUACUAGUAUGCCUUAAUACCAUUAUGCCUAGUAAAUAGUAAUAAUAUCAGUUUAUUAUUGGAUUAGAACAUAUUAGUGCCACAAGUAUACAAAUAAUUAUAUUAUUUAUGAUACUAGAAUAAAUUAAAUAUUGUAAUCAUAUCUGCGAAGCUUGGGCGACCUUUUUUGUUUUGUCAGUUGAGUUGAUAUGAGUUCAAGAUAAGUGCUUAUCAUAUUAGUUUAUUCAUCAAUUUUUCUUAUUUAAAAACGUUUCUCGUUCCAUUUGAAAAUGCUCUGAAUUUUCAAUCUGGAACCCUAAAGUUGAUCUUGUUUGUAAUGUUUCAGUAACAAGUAAAAAUUAUCAAUAUUUGUCUUCUUCCUAUAUUUCUAUAAAUAUCUAAUUCUUCUAAUCAACUUGAAAUGUUUUCUUGGUAUAUUUAAUCCUGAGAGUCAUGUGGUCAUGUCUAUUCAAAGCCUUAUCUGAUGUAGUUCACGAUAGACUUGCAACAUGAUGUUCUUGAUUUUAUUACCGUAACUAAUGUUCUAAUCCAUCUGAAGUUCAUAUCCAAUAAGGAAAGUAUGGAUCGUUAAUAAAUCAAAAAAGAUAAGUUGAAGUAAAACAGUUUCAUUUGAUGUUUUCCCAAAUUAUUAUUUGAUUCUUUGAUUUGAUAACUGUUCUAAUGAUAUUCUCCAUGGACAAUGAGGAUGAACUGUUGUGGAUUUUAUAAAAAUCUUUGAUUAUAAAAUUUUCAAAAAAAUUGAAUCACUCUUAGCUAUUCUGUAUCCAAAGUAUUGUUGAAUAUUGAUUAUUCCCAUCCUUAUUCAAUUCACAUUUUAUAAUGCUUGAUAAACUAUCCUCAAAUUGGUUGACUCUUGAAAGGAAAGUAAAUAUUUUCUAUGAAAGUGCACAUAUCUGAUAUUAGUACAAAAAUGAUGCAGUCGAGUUUCCAUUAUAAGUAUAAUAAAUCCAAUGUCCCUGCCCAAGCUUAGCUAAUUAAUACAUAAGAUCUUCCUCAAUCAUAUGCCUUAUAUAAUAUACAAUCAAAAUCGUAUAAUGAACUCGUAUUGUAGAUACGUUUGUAUCAUUGUCAUAUUAUUAAAAUUUGUAUUAUUUUAAAAGUGGUCCAGUUCAUCUAUUCAAAUAGUAAGUAUAGUAAUCCUUGAUGAUUGUCUGUAAUAGAGAAGAAAUAAAAUUGUGCUUUUUGAAAAAAGAAA